ACGUGAUGCGUCUCAGUUGUGGAACCCGGACACAUUCAUAGCGGCUGAAUACAGUCAGGAGGUGUUUGUUGAACCGCAUCUGGAAAUUCUGUUGAGCGCCCCAAAUUAUAACCGAUAUCGUCGUCAAGCUCCUCGAAUCAUGGCGAAUGAAUCCAUAGUCCAGUCUAUACAGUCCGACUCACCCGCGGUACCCGCACCGGAUGUUCUCGUCUACGGGCGUCAACUGAUCAAAGAUCAAGACUAUAAAAUAAUUGCUGUUGCCAAAAGCUAUGGAACGAAAAACAUCGGCAAUCCCUCCCCUCUCCCCCCGCCCUCGAGACAUGACUUGCGGUUUGACAGUUUGAUCGAGGCGAACGAGACCGGAGCCAAACAGGACAGUUGUGCUGGGGUCACGGAACCUAAAGCACGUCCCCGAGUGAAUCAGCCAGUUGGUGGUGGAACCGGCGGCACAAGUGGGACGGACAUGUUCACCGUGUCGUUGAUCGCGGUGAUUGUCGGUCUGGGUAUUAUUGCCAUCGUGUGCAUCGCGGUCGGCUGUGUGAUGAGGUAA